AUGGCCAAUGGAGCCCACGGGAUUCAGGCCUGGCGGUGCGCCUUCCCCGGCUGUACUUCUCGAGCCACGUUCACGCGUGGCUGUGAUCUAAGGAAGCAUUACAACCGGCAUAGCAAGCAUCUCUUCUGCCGAGUAGAAGGGUGUCCGCAGAGCGAGGCCGCAGCAGUGGCGCGUGCAAAGGCCAACGACCAGCCCCUGGCGGGCGGCUUCAGCUCCAAGAAGGAUCGGGCUCGGCACGAGGCCAAACACAAUCCGGGAAUCAAAUGCGAAUGGCGCGGACCCGACGGCGAGGAAUGUACCCGCGUGUUCUCGCGCAUGGACAACAUGAAAGAUCAUGUCAGACGAAUCCACCACAAGACCGCGCAGUUACAACAACAUCAUAGGUUGACUCAGAAUCCCACUUUGAGCAGCAGUUGA